UCCGUUUCGUCUGAGCCGGAGCCGGCGCGCCGGGCUGAGGAACUCCUCCAACGACCUGAUUGGCUGUGGGAAGCGGGACUGGUCCUAUCAGGAUGAUCCGGGGGCGGGCUCGCACUGCCCAUUGGCUUGAAGGCUCUUCACUCGGCCUGGGUCUCACGGUCCGCAAGCGGAAACGGACGGAAGCCGCGAAUUCCAGCCGGCGGCGGCAUGGAGGCGACGGCGGAGCCUGGAAACCUGGCUGGCGUCCGGCACAUCAUCCUCGUCCUCUCGGGAAAGGGAGGCGUCGGAAAAAGCACCAUCUCCACAGAGCUGGCCCUGGCUCUGCGCCACGCAGGCAAGAAGGUGGGGAUCCUGGACGUAGACCUGUGUGGCCCCAGCAUCCCCCGCAUGCUGCGGGCGCAGGGCCAGGCCGUGCACCAGUGCGACCGCGGCUGGGUGCCCGUCUUUGUGGACCGGGAGCAGAGCAUCUCCCUCAUGUCCGUCGGCUUCCUGCUGGAGCGGCCGGACGAGGCCGUGGUGUGGAGAGGCCCCAAGAAGAACGCGCUGAUCAAGCAGUUUGUGUCUGACGUGGCCUGGGGGCAGCUGGACUACCUGGUCGUGGACACGCCCCCGGGGACCUCCGAUGAACAUAUGGCUGCCGUGGAAGCCUUGCGUCCCUACAGGCCCCUGGGGGCCGUCGUGGUCACCACACCUCAGGCGGUGUCUGUGGGGGAUGUGAGGCGGGAGCUGACCUUCUGCAGGAAGACGGGCUUGCGGGUGAUGGGGGUCGUGGAGAACAUGAGCGGCUUCACCUGCCCACACUGCGCGGAGUGCACCAGCGUCUUCUCCAGGGGCGGCGGGCGGGAGCUGGCCGGGCUCGCCGGGGUCCCCUUCUUGGGCUCUGUGCCCCUGGACCCUGCGCUCACGCGGAGCCUCGAGGAGGGCCGUGACUUCAUCCAGGAGUUCCCCGGCAGCCCUGCAUUUCCUGCACUCACCGCCAUAGCCCAGAAGAUUCUGGACGCGACGCCUGCUCAGGCCUCCUGACUUGAGGAGCCGCCUCCUCGCAGGCCCGGAGAGGACUCCCUGGGGCAGAAGGCCCAGGACGGUGCUCCCCCGCGGCAGCGGGGCUCUUGGACCCCACGCCACGCUGCUUCCCAGCGCUCGUGACUGUCCCAUGCUGCAUCCCCGCCCCCGAGGGGCAGGCUGUUCCUGGCAGCUGAGCGUCCCCCACGGCCCUCAGCUGUCCCCGGGCUCCCCACACCCGAGGGUCCGUGAGCGAUCUGUACUCACGGGAGGAGCGGGGGGCGUCCUGUGAGAUGGUGAAAUGACCUCAGACGUGUCAGUAACUGGGAGGAAGCCACCAUUAAACGUGCCGUGUCUGCUGCCACGGGCGCAAGUCA